UCGACACAGCUUAUUCCACUGCACUGCAUACCGCGCAAGUCUAUCACCGAGUCUUCCUCGUUUGCCGCGGACAGGACGAUGGACCGAAAUCGCGCGUGACUACCAUAAAAAUAAAACUAUUAUAUUUUUCAUAGCACCCGUGUAAACACCUAAGCGUGAUAACUAAGUCAAAUUAUUCGUAUGUAAGGGUUUUUGUGUGUAGCGUAGCAGAAUCUGCGUAGCAACGGAUUCUGACAGUAGGUAUAUUUAUAUUUUAUUUUUGCAGUAAAUUAUUUAACGUGAGAUGUAAAACCAUGUCGUCGAAUCCCAUCAGAGGAAUUAGACGAAAAAAGUCUUCGUUAACCGAAGUCAAAAUUGCCGUACUUGGAGCGCCGGGAGUCGGCAAGAGUGCGUUAACAGUGCGAUUUUUAACUAAGAGAUACAUUGGCGAAUACGACCAUCAAUCGGAAACAAGAUACAAGCACGAAGUUAUGGUCGAUGGCGAACCGAUUCUUUUUGAAAUAUUGGACACCUGUCCAAAAAAUGACGAAGAGAUGCCACUGAAUGAAGUCUACAGUUGGGCGGAUGCGUUAGUUUUGGUAUUUGCCAUAACUGACAGACGUUCGUUUAAUUAUGUGCGCCGGGUAAAACAAACUAUGUUAGAUACAUUCGAAAUGCCCGUAGUGUUGGUGGCCAACAAAGCCGACAUGGUACACUUGAGACAAGUGAGCACCGAAGAAGGGGAAAUUUUAGCCAAAGACUUUGAGUGCUGUUUUACCGAAGUAGCGGCCGCAGAACAGGUGGGCCAAAUUGCCGAAGUGUUUUUGGAAGUUUGCCGGGAAGUGCUGAGCGUCCGCCGCAAGAACAAACAGUCGCUACUCGACCGGAUGUUGGGCAGUAAAACGGCUGCCGUAAAAGCAUACGCGCGUGGCAAGAGUGACAGUGCUUUACCCAAAGACUGACUUAUAAUCUGUUUACUGGCUAUUUUGGUAGUAUACCAUAGGAAGUAACGCACGCACAUGCUAAACGCAAAUUUGUGCAAUUCUGAAGCCAGUUGCCAAAAUGUUCAUUUAACAUCGAUCAUCGUUGGUGAUUCUGAUUUAGCAUCAAUUACCUAAGCUGACUACAAGCUGAUUUAUUAAUAAAAGACUAUACAUAUGCGUAGGUAAUAAACAAAUUUAUGUUAACGUAUCGUAUACAAUUUUAACAACAUUUGGUAACAGGGUAUUUAUAUUUUGUUAAUUUGAACUAAUCCGACGAGAUGGGUAUAAUGUGUUUUAUGCUUGACAAGUAUAAUCAUAA